AUGUUCAAAAGUUCCGUUUCCUCGAAACCAGCAUUGCACAUGCUUAGCACUUUCAGCUUCCUUUUCAUAAACACUGCCAAUGCUUUGGUUCACUUAGAGCGCAAUGUGGAGGUCCUAUCGGCAGAGGUUGCAGCUCUGAAGGUGCUUGUACAAACUCCCGGAAUGGGCCACAACCACUUUCUGCACACUUCACCUGAACACAAAUCUGCACUGGCAAAGUUGUUUUCAACAUCGUGUAAGUUGACCACUUCUGCAAAACGAUCGAGUUCAUCUGGAGCAGUUCUACCAAGAAAAUCUUCUACAAUGCCACCGUCUACAGCACAUCUGUCAAGAGAGCGAGAAAAGGAAACGGAACAGAAGCAAGCAGAUCUCGUUGAAGAAGUUGAUCCAAUAUUGAUGUCCGAGUUCACGUCAUGGCGAGAAGCUGGUCAUCCAUUUGUAAAUCAUCCAUUCAUGGAUCGCAUUAACAUUGAAGAGAUCUCACCAUGCAUGUUAUUCCCAGCAAAAGAUGUGAGUGUUUGUUUGCGACCGUAUACUCACCGUACUCCCGCUCUCUCCGAUGCAAUUCUCGACUCUAUCGCUGCGAAUAAAUUAGAACUAGAGCCUGUACACGAAAGCAAGCCAUCAGUCAUGCCUUGUGCCCUAACGAAUGUGUCGAGAUUUUGCCCUUAUCGGGUAAGAGUUGCGGAAGACGCCGAAUGGCACAGAAUAUCAUUAUUAGCAAGAAAUAGGAUAGCUGCAGUAUGUGAUUACUACACGUUCAUACGUUACCUACGGCAAGGUUUAAUCAAAUCGGGUGUUCGAGACUCGUAUUUUGAUAUGAUGACCCUUAGAAAGAAUAUGUGCCUAGCAAAACUUGGCCUUGGAUUUGUGCCAAAAACCAACCUUCGGCCGGGAUUUUGA